AUGGCAGACCUUUUAGAAUGUGAUGUGCUUAGAAAAUGCAAAAGUAAAGAGAAUGAAACCUCUGAUCAAUACCAAAAUCAUCUUGCUCAUGAUCGUGAUAAUAAAAUGAAAAAGAGGAGUGCUGAAAGUGCAAAAGAACGUAGAGAAUAUAAUGAACAAAUUACACCUUCAGUAACCACUAAAAUUGAGUCCUUAAAUGAAUUUGAUCAUAAAUUGUUGCAAAAAUUUCGAAAUAAGAUUAAUAAAUUUGAGCACAAACUUUGUUCUACUUGCAAUGAAUGCUUUCCAUCAAUCAAGCUAGUUCUUGGAGAAUGCCAUCAUUGCUAUAGUGAUAAGAAUAUUCCAAAAAAGUUUUCAACCGAAAAUAACAUGAACCUGAGAGACAUACUUAAGGAACUUCAAGAUCUUAUUGAGAUUGAGGAAAUGUUGAUUACACAAAUAUUUCUUGUAAUCUCAGAAUAUUGCCUUUGCGGAGGCCAGUAUGCAUAUAAAGGAAAUGUUAUCAACUUUUUUCAAGAUUCUGCAAGUGGACCUGCCUUCAGAGAUUUUAAUGUUCGCCUUGUUAAAAUUGCCAAGAUGCUUAUAUGGCUAAAAUCAAAUAAUUGGUAUUAUGCUAACAUUGAAAUUGAUAAUGAAGCACUUCAGUCAUUACCUGAAAAUGGUCCAAUUGAUAAUUACCUUCUACAAUUUCUUCCUGAUCUUAUCAUGAAAAUGAUACAAUUAAUGAUGCUCUUGCAAGAAUGCAAACCAAGGGCAUUGCAAGAAGGAAGGGUGUAUGUUAAGCAAAGUUUAAAUGAAAACAAACUUACAGUUAAAGAGGUUCAGGAAAUAAUUGAAAGUAAUAAUCAUCUGGCUGAUCAAGUUAUACGGUUUGGAGAAAGUUUAUAUGGAACUCGGCAGUUUUGGAACAGAAGAUGGCUUGAAUUGUCAGACAUGAUUAAACAAUUGGGAUCACAAGGACUGAUAUUCUUCACUUUUAACCUUAUUGAUAAUCCUCAUAUAGCUGCAUGGUUUUUUGAAAAUCAUUUCAAAUCUUUUUUAGAUGACAUAUUAAUUCCUAAGUAG